AUGGGCCUCCUGGCUCUGAGCCUUUGCGCCCAGGCGACCCAAACCUUCAGCAACACAGGAACAACCUCCGGCUGGGACUCCACCAAUAAAGAACACGAGGGCACCGUCCAACAAGUCACCAACGUUGUCUACAAAGGCACGACAGCCUUGAAGAUGACCCAGAUCUACGAUUCGAGCUAUACGGGACGAUACCACUCGGAGGUAGUGAAAAACAACGUGUACAAGCGCGGCGACACCGGCUUCUACGGAUUUACCUUCCGCCUCCAAGACGACUGGCAAUUCUCCCCCGCUCAGUCAUACAAUAUCGCUCAAUUCAUCGCCGACUUCUCUGACACGGGUUGCGACGACUACAUGCCCUCCAGCAUGAUCUGGCUCGUCGGAAACCAGCUGUACUCCCGUGUCAAGCAGGGAACGAUUUGUGCACAGAAGAUCCAGACCUUCUCCAACAUCGUUACCGUCUCCCCGGGUGCCUGGCACAGAGUCGAGAUCCAAGCGAGCUGGAAGACCGACGGGACUGGAUUCUAUAAGAUCUGGUUCGACGGGACGAAAGUCUUGGAGGAGUAUAAUAUCAAUACGACGAUUGAGGAUGAUCGGGAGUUCCAGUUCCGGGUUGGCUUGUAUGCUAAUGGAUGGCAUGAUGAUGAUCAGAUGAAGGGGACUCAGGGGACGCGGCAGGUAUGGUAUGACCAGAUCGCUACCGGGACAACUUUUGCGGAUGCCGAUCCCAGUCAGUGGUGA